CAGGCGCAUUUCCCACAUCACGUUUGCAUUAGAAGUUUGAUGUAAGCAUGGAAUGAUUUCUGUCUUUUAGGCAAAAUAAAUUCAUGAGUCAUCUUUCAAGAGUAUAUUUAAAAUGGUAAACUAUACUCUAAAUACAACAGUCAUCGUUAAAUCCACUUUAUUUUUGAGUGUUACCGACAUCAACAGAAACGCAUAUUACCCUCCGCAAUAUCGUGGUCUAAGCUAUUAAUGUUGCUUGCAAAUAAAAAUCUUAAUUUCAAUUCUCCAAUCAGUCAUAAGAAAUCAUUUAAGAACAUUAUAUCGCUGUGAAAAAAUUAUCUUCUAAUCUGUAAUUACUAAUUAUUAAAUUUGCAAUGGAUUUUUCAAUAUUUCUGGCGCUCCUAACAUGGCACAUUUACCUCGUGCUUCCAUCAACAUCUGCCUCUGACGUUAACAAGAAAAUAAAAUGUCUCUAUAAAGACACUGUAAAUUUAACCAAUUAUGUGCAUUACGAAAAUGGCUCAUAUCUGUAUGAGGGCUUUCUAAUACCACCCGAGAGACAGCAUUUCUAUAAUUUUGAAAUUACAGGAUCAUUUCCCUUAAAAGUAGCAGUUCCAGUCCAUAUGAGAGCUUGUGUUUGCGAUAUGAAGCUCUGUAUGAAAUUAUGUUGCGAAAAGGAUGAGUUUCUAACCGAUAUGGGUAAAUGUGAAAAGAUGACGCCGGAAAUGAAAGUUAGUUGGGAACUACCAAUAUUACUAGAAAAUGGCCAAUUAAAACAUGUGAAUAUAUUAGAACAUUUUACACCUCAAGUAGGUGUGAUUUGUGAGGAACCCGUGGCACUAGUUAAAAAUAAAAAUUUAUGGAGUUUGCAAGAGAAUGGCUUUUUAAAUAUAUCACAAAUGCCACCAAUCCCCACUUACGGAUAUUGCUUAACACCGCAUUUAAACGGUGAAUCUUCUGAAACUGUAUUAAGUCCAUACGCAUGUCGUCUAUUACCAACUUGGAGAAAAUUCCUAAAUCUGUAUGCCUCCCUAAUAUCUGUAACAGUUUUAACACCCACAAUACUGAUAUAUGCACUGAUAAAAGAAUUAAGAGAAACUCUAAGUGGAAAACUUUUGAUCUGCUAUUUGGUGUCGUUGGCAACAAUGAUUGGUCUUGUGGCUUUUAUAAAAGUAUCGUUUAUAAAUUUCAAUCGUACACAGUGCCAUAUUUUGGGUUUCGCCAGUUACUUCUCCUAUUUAUCUUCCAUUUUAUGGCUGACUAUUAUGUGUUAUGACUUUUGGAAAAAUUUUAAUAAACUCAGCGUUGAAACGAAUUUAAAAAAAGAUUUUAAAAAAUUUAUGAGAUAUUCCUUAUACGUUUGGCCGAUUACCGUAGUAGCAACUGCUGUUUGUAUAUUCUUAGAACUAUCAUCAAAUGUAGAUGCUACUUAUAAACCGGGGUUUGGUGAAAUCGUUUGCUGGUUACAGUUUAACAACCGGACAGCAUGGUUUUAUUUGUUUGGACCAUCCUUUUUAAUUAUAUUCCUCAAUUUAGUUGCAUUUAUUCGUUUCUUAACAAUUUUUUACAAAACACGACGAGAUGCCGCCAGAUUGAGACGAAACCAGAAGAUCUUCAAAGAAAAUAUACUUAUAAUUGUACGUUUAUUACUAGUACUGGGCAUUCCUAGGUUCUUUAUCAUUAUAUCGUACUUUAUACCAAAAGGUUCAUCUGGUGAUUUAUUCACUACAAUUGCAGAUCUGAUCAAUGUAGUUCAAGGUAUUUUGGUAUUUUCAUGUUUUGUUUUGAGACCAAAAGUAUGGCAUUUAGUAAUAAAAAGAAUACGUGGAAAUUCGACAAUAGUAUAGCUACUCUGAAAUCCACAUUUCUUCACAAAAUACGUAAUUUUUCAAUUGUAUGAAAAUUUACCAUAUGAAUGAUAUAUAAAAUAUUAAAAUUGUUCUUUUAUUGAAAAAUUAUAGAAAUAUGUAUGUUUACGUCAUUAGAAAUAAAAUAUUAUAAUAAAACC